AUGACGAUGUACGGAUAUUCUGGGUCAAACUAUGACCGGUUUGUGGAGAACUCAAACACUUCCACACUUCACAAAAUGAAGGAGACCUACUGGACCACAAAACAGGCAGUCUUUAAGAAGCUCGGCAAGAAGGAAGAUGAGCAUGUGGUGGCGUCCGAUUCACAGCUUGAUGCCAAAUUAGAAGUUUUCAAAGCCAUCCAACGGUCAAGCAUGGAACUGCUGCGUGUUAUUGAGAAAUAUCAGGAUCGUUUGUGCGUGGUGUCACAGGAGGAAAAUACCAUGGGGAGACUUUUGAAAGCACACAGUAACAAGGAUAAGACAAGGGCGGGGAAGAUGAUGGCUGCCGUAGGAAAAGCUGAGAGUAAUUCAGCACAAGAGAGUUCCUCAUGUCAGCUAGUUCAUUGCACCCAUUUUACAUCAGAAAUUCCCCUCCACAACCCACUGCGAAGACUCUACCAAGAAGUGGAGACGUUCCGGUACAGAGCUGUGUCCGACACCUUGGUGACAAUCAACAGAAUGGAAAGUGCCCGCACAGAGUAUAGAGGAGCUCUCUUGUGGAUGAAAAACGUCUCAGAAGAACUUGAUCCUGACAUGUAUAAACAGCUUGAAAAAUUCAGAAAGGUUCAGAGCCAGGUUCGAAAGACAAAAAGCCGCUUUGACAAGCUGAAGCUGGAUGUGAUGCAGAAGGUUGACCUGCUGGCAGCUAGCCGGUGCAACAUGUUCUCACAUGUCCUGGCCAACUACCAGACUAUGCUGCUUCACUACUGGGAGAAAACCUCGAGGACCAUGUCUGCCGUGGCCGAAAGCUUCAAGGGCUAUCAAUAUUAUGAGUUCAACAUGUUGCGGGAGUUGACAGAAACCAGUAAAAAGUUGGCCCUGGAAACAUCGAAUCAAGACGUAACAGAGAAGGAUGCAGAGGAGCAAGAUGAAAACCUCAUAUCUGUGGAGGAAGAGGGGAGAGAUGCCAGGGAUUCUGCUGCUUUCGAUGACAAGCUUUUGUCUGACCUUCACCUUGAUAACAAGCAGAAGCAGAACUCCAAAGUGGCAACUGGCAACAAAGAUUCAGAGUUCAUGGAUUUCGCUGAAGAUGACAACCUUCUCAAGGAUGAUGAUGAUGAUGAUUUUGAUUUCACUGGGAAAAUUAUGGAGACCGCAGCCAAAAAUAAAAAGAUUCAAAACCCUGAAGGUGAGCUUCCUGUUGGCGCCAGAUGUUGUUGCUGUCCUAGUGUUGUUGAGUCAUCUAUGUUUAUGUUUAUUCGAAGGAUCAACAUCGAGGCGCAAGAUUAG